ACCACGGUCACACUACUGGCGCGCAUUGCAAAUUUGCGGAAUAAUACGAAAUGAAACCAUGACCAGCGCACGCAGCCAAGUCAGCAUGCAAUGCAAGUACGACCGCGUGGUCCUAUUGGUGGACAUGGACUGUUUCUUCUGCCAGGUGGAGGAGAAGCAGCAGCCGGAGUACCGCAACCGUCCUCUGGCCGUUGUUCAGUAUAAUCCUUGGCGCGGGGGCGGCAUCAUCGCGGUCAACUACGCGGCUCGAGCCAAGGGCGUGACGCGCCACAUGCGUGGAGACGAGGCCAAGGAUCUUUGUUCUGACAUCGUCCUUUGCCAGGUGCCCAACAUCCGGGAGAAGGCCGAUACCAGCAAGUACCGGGAUGCUGGCAAGGAAGUGGCAAACGUGCUGCAGCGCUUUACCCAGCUUCUAGAGCGAGCUUCCGUGGACGAAGCGUAUUUGGACAUCACAGAGACUGUAAACCUGCGUAUGCAGCAGAUGCAGACCGGCGCCUUUGCUUUGCAGCCCCAGGAACUGGUUAACACCUUCGCCGUGGGAUACCCAAACAUUGGCGACUACGUCAACAAGAUAACGAACCGCUUUUCCAAUCCCUACAUAGACGACGAACGCUUUCAAAUGUCAUAUGACCAAAACGAUCUUCCCGCCGUCCGGCAGAGCGAUAUCCGGCUGCUCAUUGGGGCAUCAGUGGCAGGUGAAGUUCGGGCGGCUGUCAAAAAAGAAACCGGAUACGAGUGUUCGGCUGGCAUAGCCCACAACAAGAUUUUGGCCAAGCUGGCAGCAGGCAUGAACAAGCCAAAUAAACAGACCAUUUUGCCGCUGGCGGAGACUGCUAGUCUAUUCGAUUCCUUACCUGUUGGCAAAAUAAAGGGACUAGGCGGCAAGUUCGGCGAGGUGGUGUGCGAGACCCUGGGUGUGAAGUUCCUGGGCCAAGUGGUAAAGUUUACAGAGACCGAGUUGCAGCGCAAGUUUGACGAGAAAAAUGGAACCUGGCUGUUUAACAUCUCUCGCGGCAUCGACCUGGAGGCAGUGACUCCGCGCUUCUAUUCAAAGAGCAUUGGUUGCUGCAAAAAGUUUCCGGGUCGGAACAACAUCACCGGGUUGAAAACCCUUCAGCACUGGCUGGGAGAGCUUUCCUCUGAGAUUAACGACCGGCUGGAAAAAGACUUCAUAGAGAACAAUCGCAGGGCCAAGCAAAUGGUGGUGCAGUACGUGCAAGACAUUGACGGCGAGGAGGUAGCCAGCUCCCGCUCAACAGCCUUAAAAGAUUACGACCAGGAAGUAAUCGUCAAGUAUGCCCUGGACCUAAUCAAGGCCAACACGAAAACAUUUUUGCGUGCUGGCAGUGAUUCAGCUCUAAACAAUGCCAUUAAGUUUCUCGGCAUCAGUGUGGGUAAGUUUGAAACCGUCUCAAGUACCCAAAACAAGCUGCAGGAGAUGUUCGCAAACCAGGCUGCCAAGAAACGUAGGAUCAGCGGGGAGGAGCCACUCCAGCCGCCAAAGAUGUUGGUGGAAAAGAAACCAAAGCAGACGGAAGAGUCUAAGAUGAAGAGCUUCUUUGCCAACUACCUGCAAGGAACCAAAAAGGAAGAUACAAAGCCAGAUGAUAAUUGUGUAGAGGCCUCAGCUGCGCCAAAGAAGAGCUUCGUCGAGAAGUACAAGCAGAAGCUCCAUGCCACUACAAAAGCCGAGGAAGGCAUCUCCGAGGGAACUGGUCUCACUUCAACGCAGCCGGAAUUAAAGGAAAGUUUCUUUUCGCAGUACCUGAAACAACAAAAAGAGACACUGCCACAAUACGGUCAGGCAGUAGGUGAGAUCCAUUCAGAUAUGCAGGAUUUGGCAGAGGAACUAGACGCUAUUGAGGCCAGCAACACAAAAGAAUUCGAUGAAGACACUGAAGAGGAGACGGAUUUAACGGGCAAAAUCCACAGAUCGCUUCUUCAAGAACAGCCAUCUACAUCCAAAGCCUUGCGAGAGGAACAAUUAAACUCUUCUUACCAAAAAGAUAAUACGAAGCCGAUCGAUCUUCCACCGCUCACUGAAGAAGAACUUAAGCCUUCAACGUCUAAAAGGAAGUUCGACGAGAUCGACAGUUCUGCUAGAAACUACAAAGAAAGCUAUGCAGAGUUCGCUGUACCUGAGCUUCGGACAGAUCUUCUCCCGAUGGUCAAAUGCGAGCAGUGCGGAACGAACAUACCAGAUGACGUCAAAUGCCUGCAAACGCAUAGGGAUCAUCAUUUUGCCCAGGAACUGAGUCGACAACUAAAGAGUAAUGAGCGGGAGGAGAUGUUACAGAGUCGUCAGAAAAUAUCUCCUAAGCCUACACCACCGAAAAAAACUAAGAAAACGGCUAGUUCUGGAAAAUCGUCUAGUACCACGGCUCUACCCACUAAUAGUAUAACCAAAUUCUUUAGCGCCAAGGCAACCCAGGAUCCACCAUCCAGUGAUGCUCAGAUGCAGCAGUGCACCGAGUGCAAGGCUUUCAUCAAAUGCGUGGAUAUGCCGGAGCACCUGGACUACCACGUGGCCAGGAACCUUCAGCGUGAAUUAAACCAACAAGAUCUACGUACUCGAACCGCGGCUCUGACAAAGGAGAGGACCUCCCCAGCUCAGUCGAAGAAACAGCAACAGAAGAAGCUAAACACCACUGGAGGCUCCUCAACUGGAACCAAGACAAUUGUUCAGUUUUUUAGUCAAAGCAAUUGAUUUCAAAAUAUUUUCCGAAUAUAUCUAUGAUAACUUCGAAGUAGUUAAGAAUAGAGCAGAAGCAGAUUUUUAUAGGAUAUAAGCGAGAUCAGAAUAGAGAACUUACAUAAGAAGACACUUUGUGGAUGUAUAUAUGCUACUAACAUUUAGUUUUAAUUUUUGGUUCGAAAAAAAGGGAACAUAUUUUUUACAUUUAUAGCUCUUAAAUUUUUAUAAAUUUCAUAAUCAAGCUCUGGACAGCAAAUCGAUUUGUGAUUUUUUUAGUUCUGUAAUAUACAAGUUCCAGGUUACUGGUAAAUUUUUUAGUUUUGUUAUAUAUAAAGGCGAGUGAUAAUAUUCAUGUUUUUUUGUUUCUAGGUUUAAGUAUCAAUGUUGAUCAAUACAAUUUCCAUCCUUAAAUAAAUGAAACCGAGUGCUCUGUUAAUGCUAAAAA